AAAAUCAACAUUAGGGCAAUUUCUUGCAAAUUCCAUUACACAACACAAUCAUAAAAAAAUGGGUGAUGAAGUUGUUCUUUUGGAUACUUUUGUGAGUGUUUUUGGGAUGAGGGUGAGGAUUGCCCUAGCUGAAAAAGGGAUUCAAUAUGAAUACAAAGAGGAGGAUUUGAUGAACAAAAGUCAGUUACUCUUACAAAUGAAUCCAAUUCAUAAGAAAAUUCCAGUGUUGAUUCACAAUGGAAAACCAAUUUGUGAGUCACUCAUAAUUGUUGAGUACAUUGAUGAAGUUUGGAAGGACAAAUCAACACCUUUGAUGCCUAGUGAUCCUUACAAGAGAGCUCAUGCUAGGUUUUGGGCUGAUUAUAUUGGAAAAAAGAUUUAUGAUGGUGGAAUGAAAAUUUGGAGCUCAAAAGUGGAAGAGCACAAAACAGCCAAUAAAGAUUUCAUAGAGUGUUUGAAAGUGUUAGAAGGUGAAUUGGGAGACAAACCAUACUUUGAUGGAAAAAAUUUUGGACUUGUGGAUAUGGCUUUUAUUCCUUAUUAUAGUUGGUUUCCUGUUUAUAAAAAACUUAGCAAUUUAAAUAUUGAAGCAGAGUGUCCUAAAUUUGUGGCAUGGGCCAAAAGGUGUAUGCAAAAGGAGAGUGUCUCUAAAACUCUUGUUGAUCCUGACAAAAUCUAUGAGUUUAUUGUCUUGUUUAGGCAGAAGAUCGGUGUUGCCUAAAAAGACGGAUCUGCGGAUACAUAUUAUGUAUGUAUGAAAUAAGAUUACCGUCAUUCUGAUUUGCUAUAUCUAUUGAAUAAUGAAGUAAUAAAAUUGGAGGUUUUGUUUUCCAUA